AUGGGCCUCAGCAGUUCACGUCACCGGAGAUCCUCCGAUGGGGGCAACAUCUCAGCUCGCAAAAUUAAAGACAGCCGACCAUCGACAGAUGCCCCGGCAACAGAUCGAGAUUUUGGAAAAUCACAGUCGAUGCCGACGUUGGAUCGGGAAAGAAAAGGCACCAUGACCACCCCAUCCAACGGCACAUCCUCAGAAAAGAAACCGGCAGCAGUAAAGGCCUCCGGGUCAGUCCGACGAUCAGAAUCCGCUGUAAAGAGGAACGACUCGUUGGCGCCAAAAACAAGG